CGGGUUUUGCCAUUGUUUGAUGGGAAGCAUCCAGCAAUCAGGAUAGGGCAAUAGCAAAGUAGCCAUCCAUGUCGGCCGCCAUCUUCGUCGGAUUUGUUCAGUGUGACCAAACCUGGCAGCGCAAAGGUCCGCCGACGAGAUGCACAUCGGACAGCGCGGAAGUGACAAGAAACAUGAGUGAAGAAAGUGGGCUAGACUGUAUUAGAGAAGCUGGUUCUCCGUAAAUUCUAUGUCAAUUUCCGGAACACCACCCAAAUACAGACUCCAGACUCCAAAAUCUCAGGGCAGCCGGAGGAGGCAAAGUCUUCGGGACUUUGCUCGAACUGGCUCAUCAAUCUUCCCAUGUAUUGGAAAAGUUCAUCCAAAUUCGUCUCCGGUGAAACUUCUCGAUUGACCAGGAAGGCCGAGGCUUUUGCUCGUCGUAACAAUACUGCGCGUAGGCGUCAAGCUACUAGCCACAAGAAUAUCUGGCUCGUCCGAUUUGCAAAUGCCACGCCGAGUCCAUGGUCCCGCUGGUCACCGAACCGCCACCGAACU